GUGUUGGCCACGGCUGUCGUGGCUGCAUACUUGGUUCUCGAGACGGUGCGAAAGACUAGAAGGAGGGCUCGGGUUGUUGCUCGACGCGACGAGAAGAUGGAGGAGGCCGUGCUAGAGUCCAACGCUCCGGAGACCGCGAGGUCUACAAAAGCUGCGGAGAUCAACUUGGACAGUGAGUUGGAAGAAGAGUGGCCAGUAUCACUGGCACCGUCAUUGAAAAGCCCAACUUCCGCGACAGCAAGCUCUCCAAAGACGGUGCAAAGCAGCGGUCAGCUCUUGUCGCCACAGAUGUCGCCAAAAGGACGACCAUCGGUGCAGGUCUUCUCGAAGCCAGAGGAGUUAAAGACGCACGUGCACGACCAGUUGCGGCAUUCUGGCAAUGUAGUCAGUCUCGCCGACUUGCACGUGAAGAGCAAUUCCAUGAUGAGAACAAUCAAUGGCAAGGUGGAGGACCGAAGUAGAGGAAGCACCCUGGCUGCGUUGACGGCUUCAGGGCCAUAUCGGGCACGUGUAACAGCUUUUGAGCCCAGCACCAAAGUCGUGGAGUUUUCUUUUGAUUAUCCCAGCGUGGCAUUGCUUCGAGCUCAAGCCACAGCAACCCUGGAGGCCCUGGUGCGGUGCCUUCCCUUGACAACCUUACAGCCAAGGAGGGUCAAGGUCGACCACAAGCGGCUCUGUCACAGCCCCUUCGUCACCAUUGGGCAGAAGGCAUUCAAUGACGCUGUCUCCGACUUCUCCGAAAGUGGAGGCCUAACUGCCUUCUGCAAGUUUGAAGGGUCCAACUGGAUAUACGCCGUUUGGAUGAUUGGCGUGGCAGAUGUGCGGAUUCAGACAGAGCUCAAUCAAUGCGAGACGGUCAAGGAGAUCCUCACCAGCCUUCUUGCGACCCGAAGAUGCACUUCUAGCAAUUGGAACUACACCAACGUGAAAUAUAGGGUCAAUGCCGGCAUUGCAGAGGUCAAGUUGGACGACCCCCUUACUGGCAAUGCAUUGACCAACAAGACAAUGUCCGCUUUGCUGGACAUCUGUGCUGAGCUGCACGGACGGCAUGAUGUUAAAGUCAUCGCAUUUACGGCAGCAGGGCUUCAUUUCUGUAGCGGUGGUGCCUUCGGUGGAGAUGUUGCCUCGGACGAUGCCGAGUACGCGCCCAAGCUGGAUCCAGGAGCCAGUGAAUUCGAAAUGACUACAGCAUCGAAUCUCUUGCUCGCCAAGCUAGUUUACUUGCUGAACACACUGCCGCAGUUCAAGGUUGCAGCUAUCCGUGGCUCGACGCUGGGUGCGGGCAUUAGCAUCGUUGCUUCCAUGGACCUGGUGGUCGCACCACCAAAGAGGACGAUGUUUAAGUUCAAGGAAGCCACGCGUGGUCUGGGAGCGUGCUGCUCUUGGCAGGGCAUCAUUGCAAAGAUAGGUGUGGCGAAAAUGCGUCAGCUGUGCAUGUUAGCAGAGGACGUGGACGUGUUUGAAGCCAAAGAGCUUGGGCUGGUUCACCAGAUCCUCGAAGGUUCGUACGCAGAUGCCGACGAUUGGGCGGUGACGAAGGCCAAAGAAGUCGCAAGACGCAGCCUGGACGACCGCUCGAGUCUCAAGACAACAGGCGAACACCGUUGCCGCGCACGACUCUUUCCGAUGCCUCGUGGGCAAGGUGCCGACUGCUUCGUCGAGGAGGUGCUGCAGAGGCACCCUGGUCGCGGCCCUCCGGCCCGGAUGAGCUCUGAAGGUUGGUCUCACGAGGCUGUGAAGAUGCUGAUGGCUGGGCAGCAGCUUAGCCAGAUGCAACUUUUCCCACAAUACGAGAUAGAUGCAUUGCUGGCCGGCCUUGUGGAUGCCCUCGCAGAGCUCCACCGAAGUGCGGGGAAGGUGCGACUUCUCCAGGUGCAAAUGCCAAGGCAAGGCGACGGAUGUUUGUCCACUCGCGUGCCGCCGGCUCUCGCAGACCGGUUCCACGAGGUUCUGGUUUUGUUCCACAUGCUGCCGAUGUUUGUAUUGGGCGCACUCAGCGGGCAAAUCUCUGGAUCGGGCCUCGUACUCUGCUCAACCUUCGAUGCAGUGGUGACGGUGCAGGCGAGCUUUGACUUCUCGAGUCUCUCGCUCGACUUCCCUGGUGUCACAGAUUUCCUUUGUCCUCGCCUGAAUCAGGUCGUGCUGCCGAGCUCCGGGAUCCCGCUGUCUGCAGUCCAAGCAAAGGAACUUGGACUAGUCUACGAUGCUCUACACAGCGAAGAACAGCUACAAGACCUGUUAGCGCGGAUCUGUAGCAAGCUGUCGGAGUGUGCUCCGAAUGCUGUUGCACAGUCCAAGGCAUUCAUCCAGAAGAUCGGAAGCAUGCCUAUGGAGCCGAAAGUCCUGGGUGACCUCGCGUGCCACAUUGCAAAGCGCAUGCAAGAUCCAGAAUUUCAGGACUCCAUUCGGCAGAUCGUCGACAAGGGCCAUCUGCCUGCGCACACCAGGCCGGCAAACAGAGUAGUCCCGGAGAAUCUUCUAUCAGAGAGCCAGGUCGGAGCAUGGCAUUCAUCCACACAUGUCGGUCGCAUGGUAAUGCGAGCAUUGCGAUUUGAAACAACACUUGCUUGUUCUGGAAAUCCGAAACGCAGCCACAAGGGACACACAUCCAGAUUACGAUCAGGAGGGAGGUGA